CUUCCAUUUCCAUAGGCAUGUCCAAAACCCUAAAACUGAGGUUUUGUCUUCCGGAGUUCCGGUCAUCUUUCUCUCAGAGGGAAAGAGCGGAAGAACUCUUUAAUGGCGUCGUGUCUGAUGAAAUCCUUGUUCAAGGCUUCCACUCGUUGUUCUUGCUCGUCUUUACAGUACCCUCUAAGAUUGUCACCGCGGAUCUCUUCUCGGUCUUACGCCAAAGCUUCUUCCGCUCCUGUGGCGAACGAGAAGGAGAGUGAGGAGAGAGUGGUAGUCCCAAUAGAACAUUCCGAAGCUUUCGAUGUUCCGACUUCUGGAAUCAGUCGCCCGUUGUCGGAAGUUCUCAGAGAACUUAAUAAAAGAAUCCCGGAUUCCCUCAUCAAAGUUCGAAUGGAAAAUGGGUUAUCCGUUAAGUACGUUCCUUGGCAUGUUAUCAAUCGGAUCAUGAAUUUACAUGCUCCAGAAUGGUCUGGUGAAAUUCGAAGCAUCACCUAUUCUGCUGAUGGGAAGUCGGUAUCAGUUGUCUAUCGUGUAACACUCUAUGGGACUGAUGCUGAGAUUUUUAGGGAAUCGACUGGCACUGCCUCUGUUGAUGAUACAAAUUUCGGGGACCCUGUUCAAAAGGCAGAAUCAAUGGCAUUUCGUCGAGCUUGUGCACGUUUAGGGCUUGGGCUUCAUCUUUAUCAUGAAGAUUUGUCAUAGGAUGACCAUAUAAUCCCUUUUCAGACUAUGGGCAAUUUUGGCUUUUCUAUCAGCACCAUACUCAAACUAUAGUUUCUAAGGAAUCAUGAAACAAGAUGUGGGCUUGUUCAUGAUACAGAUUACAAAGGUUUCCUUCAAAGACAAGAGCAAUGCUUUCCUCGCUUCCAAGCAUUGGACUUUUUUUUUAUCAUGAUGUGUUGUAAUGUUAUAGUUUGACAUCUACACCUUUUUUUCUUUUCAAAAAAAAAAAGGAAAAAAAGAAAAAAAGAAAAGAAACAUCUAUUCUUGUAGUUAUCUUGAUCCUCUAGCGCCUUUUGUGGUAGUCCAUUCUGGCUCUUUUAGUUA